AAUAAUUUAUAUAAGUUCCUAAUGAAUCGUUUAGAAACCUAGACUUAAAAAUCUGACAAUCUGCAAAUUGAUCUCAAUUUUGCUAUCAUAGAUAAUGGAACAAAUGAUGAUUAAAAUAAAGAAGCAGAUAAAGAUCCCAUCUAAAUAAUAAAAAAUUUGCAUAAUAAAAUGUUUGUUGAGCAGAAUUAAGCAGUUGUUGUUGGAUAUCUCAAUACAUACAAUAAGGAAAAUUUAAUUCAAGAAUUACCUUAUUUGCUAUAAUAGAUGGAAUUCAAACAACUAUUGAAUUAAAAGAGAAAAUAAAUUUUAAUUAUAUUUCAUUACGUUGGUGGUGCAGAAACUGAGCCAAUUACCUUAAUAAAAAAAGCCAAAAAUAAAUAUCGAACUGAUCCAAUAAUUGCAAAUGAAAAAAAAGAAUAUUCUGUGUAAACUAAUUUAGAUUUACAAAAAGUUAAAGAAAAAUAUUAAUCAGAUGUAUAAACAGAGGCAGAGCCUUUUAAGAUAAAGGAAGAUAUUAAUGAUGAGGAUGUUAAUAAAUUAUAGUAUUUAAUUAUUAUUUUAUUUAGUUUUUUAUGCCUUAAGGAGUGUGAAGCAAAAAAGUUAAAAUGUAUUCUAAUUUAAGUAAAUAAAGUGAACAAAAAAUUAUUUACAGAGGCAAGAAUAGCAUCUAGAAUAUUUUAAAUUCUGAUAAGAUGGGAAGAUAUUCGCAACAAUCAUUCUACAAUUAAUUAAACAAUUUAUAGCGUAUGAAAAUUUUUAAUAUUGAGAAUGAAAUAUAAUAAAUAAAUUAGCAAUAUUUAA